GUUGGCACAACAGCGUCGGAGGGAGUACCGAAACCUUUAUGUAGAAAGGGCAAUGGUGGACCCCGGCGAUGUAUUGCGAUUUGAUGACCGCGUAUUAAUUAGCAGAUAUCGUUUGCCCCGGCAUGUAAUAAUACAAUUAGCCGAGCACCUCCGCCCAAAGUUGGAGAGACCUACGCGGCGACACGGAGCCUUACCGGUAAUUUUGCAACUAACCAAUGCUCUGCGGUUUUUUGCCAAAGGCGACUUCCAAAGUGAGGUCGCUGACCUGGCGAAAGUUUCUCAGCCUGCCGUAUCAAAAAACCUGGAGGAGGUGGCAACAGCAAUUGGCGGACUGGCCGUGCACUACAUACGUUUCCCUACUGGGCAGGAGGUGAAUGUUAUAAAAGAGGCCUUUUACCGGCAGUCUAAUAUGCCGGGCGUUUUGGGUUUGGUGGAUGGAUCAUUGUUUCCGAUAAAAGCCCCCGCUGUCGACGAGGGGGCGUAUGUGUGUAGAAAACCUUACCAUGCCAUCAAUGUGCAGGCUGUAGGGGAUCACAAUAUGAUGAUAAGGCAUCUAGUAGCAAGGUGGCCUGGUUCUGCUCACGACGCAUUUGUCUUCAAUACAAGCGACCUGAACACUUAUCUGGGGGAGAGGAAUGUAAGUGGGUGGCUGCUUGGGGACUCUGGUUAUCCACUGAAGGCCUAUCUCAUGACCCCUGUGGUGGAUGAGCAGACUGACGCAGACAUGCGAUACAAUCGGGCCCAUAAAAAAUGUAGGGCGAGAAUAGAGCGGCUGUUUGGUGUUUGGAAAAGCAGAUGGAGGUGUCAUGAUGUGAGUGGAGGCUACCUACAAUACACGCCUGAGAAGGUGGUCCUAUUCAUUAAGGCCACAGCUGUACUGCACAACAUCUGUAGGCUGGCAAACGUACCAGAUCCUGAAGUAGACAUUAUUCAACAAGAGCACCCAGAAGAGGUGGAGGAGGCUCAUGCCAAUGGGCUGACUGUAAGGGCUCAGCUCAUAAGAGACUUUUUUACAAGGCCAUAA